AUGCGCUUACUUCAACGAGGGGCUGGGGGUGACUUGAGUUUCACUCAAGACCUGCUGCCAGAAGACAUACCGCCCUAUGAUAUACUAUCGCACACCUGGGGAAGGCCUGAAGAUGAGGUGACAUUCCAAGACGUCCGGGAAGACUUCUGUCGAGAAAAGCCGGACUAUAAAAAGAUACUGUUCGUUGGAGAGCAGGCAGCACGGGAUGGCUUGGAAUUCUUCUGGGUGGACACUUGCUGUAUUGACAAGUCAAAUCACACCGAGUAUACAGAAGCGAUCAACUCCAUGUUUCGCUGGCAUCAGAACGCAGCAGCCUGCUACGUGUAUAUGAGCGAUGUGCAGACGAACAGCACUGAAAAGUCGUCUUGGAUCGCUGAUUUCAAUGCAAGUAGAUGGUUCAACCGUGGUUGGACCUUGCAGGAACUCCUUGCGCCUUCACAAGUUAUAUUCUUCUCAUCCGAUGGCCACAGGCUUGGCAACAAGAAAACCAACAUUCCUGUUGAGGCUUUAGAAGGAAAGCCUCUGUCUACGUUCAGUGUCGACGAACGCAUGUCGUGGUCAAAUAACCGCCAAACAGCAAAGGCAGAAGACAAAGCGUACUGUCUGAUGGGCAUUUUUGGCGUGCAUAUGGUUCCUAUCUAUGGUGAGGGCAAAAUGGAGGCGUUUGAAAGAUUGAAAUAUGAAAUUUCCACCCGGAACAAGGCAGACAAGGAACUCGAAGAAGGAUUCGACCAAUGCCUCGCUGAUCUUCGUGUGACUGAUCCGCGAAAUGACAAGUCAAGGAUUGAGUCAACCAAAGGCGGGCUACUCAAGGCGUCAUAUCGCUGGAUUCUGGAAGAUGAGGCGUUCAAAGCCUGGUGUGAAAACACCGAACCGCUGUUAUGGAUCAAGGGAAGUCCUGGCAAGGGCAAGACUAUGCUUCUCUGUGGGUUGAUUGACGAGCUAAGUACUGCACGUCUACCUCCUCACAGACGAUUAGUUUCAUACUUUUUCUGCCAGGCCGCAGACUCAAAUCUUAAUAACGCACUGGCCGUACUUCGUGGUCUGAUAUAUACGAUUGUCAGACAAAAUUGGGCGCUUAUCAAAUACGCUCAUCAGGAAUGGAAAGUCGCGGGAAAAGAGCUCUUCGAGGACUCCAAUGCCUUUGAUGCGUUGAUCAUGAUCCUGGAUGAUAUUCUUGAGCAUGAUACACAGGCAGAGCGCGUCUUCAUAAUCGACGCGCUUGAUGAGUGCUCUAAGGAUCUCCCAAAGCUGUAA